CUGAGCUGUCAUUGGAGGUGGGUGUAGAUAGCGCAGUGUAAAGUCGGCAGAUGUAAACAGGCAAAGUCGGGUCCCCGGGGCCUUCCUUAUGUGACCGUGCAUGUUGAAAGAUGUCUGAAAACUCUAGCGACAGCGACUCUUCAUGUGGUUGGACAAUUAUUAACCACGAGGGUUCAGAUAUAGAGACUCUAAAUGAAAAUGGAGAAGCAUGCUCAGACUUAUCAUCUUUGGAAACACAUGCUUUUGUACAAGAAUUUUCCCCAAACAGACUAGACCAACAAGAUACUUGCAGCAAUGAGGAAGUGGUGUCUUCUGCAGAAAACAUUCAGCCAGUUUCAGGGGAAACCUUAACAGUACCUGAGGAUUUGUCUUGCUAUAACACGUCUUCAGUACAGGAAAUCUCUCUGAUCCAUGAACCAUGUUGUCAGGAGCAGAAAGAGAACAUGGCUGGUGAUGGUCUUUCUGAGGGUGUUAGUGAUGACUCUGAUAUUGUUACCUUGGAUCCACCAAAAGUAGAUGAUGUUGGGACCUUGGAAGAGGAGAUUAUUAUGGAAGAGGAGGUUGAAAACGUUGGGACAGUUAACAUGAGUUCUUCCUCUAGUAGCCAGUACACAUUCAGCCAGCCAGAAACUGGAGAUUUUCUGGCGACCAUGAGGAAGAUUCGUAAUAAUGUAAGGGCAUGGGUCAGUGAGCUGGGAGAGCAUGUGACUGCCAACAUUCCUGUUCAAGUUUUUCCAUCAACACAUAUUGUGACAGAGUCAAGUAAUGAUGAAGAAAGUGAGGAUUCAGCUCCUUCUUUGCGAAGGCGACGCUCAAAGAGAUCCACUGUUUCUGGUUCUGAGUCUGAGAACAGACUUUCAAAUCUGGUACCUCCUCCUGAGCCUCGAACACCUAUGGGAUGGGGAAGCAACCUGAACAAGUGUAUUAUUCUUUCUCUGGUUAUAGCAGUGAGCAUGGGUUUUGGACAUUUUUAUGGUACUAUUCAGAUCCAGGAUCGACAGAAAGAAGUGGAAAAGAUACAUGAGAAUGAACUGAACAAUAUGAAGGAUGAUCUUUUUCAGUGUCAGAAGGUUCAGGAAGCUACAGUAGAGUAUAAGGAAGUAUUUGAGCAACUUACAGAAGAUCUAACAGAGAGACCAGAUGUGUUAUCUCUCAAGGGCCGAAUGGAUAAAGUUACAAAAGAGAACCAGCUGCUUAGACAGAUACACAACGAGCUAAAGCUAGAAGCAGAUGACCUUACAACCUCUUUGAAAACAACAGAGUUUGAAAAGAAAAACCUGGCAUUGGAAAAUCAACAUCUAAAGGAGUCUUUGGAGAACAAAGAGCAAGCUUUAUCUUCACUGCAAGAAGAACUAAGAAAUCUGAGAGAACAGAUCAGAAACUUGGAAAAGAAAGGAAGGGGAGAUCUAAUGCUCUCUGAAAAUCAGAAGCUAAAGGCACAUCUUAAAGAGGAAAGGCAAAAGAUCCGUAACUUCCUGUCUCAGAAAGAGAUCCUAUUGACAGAAGCUCAUAUGCUAAGGAAGGAGUUGGACAAUGAGCGUCGGAAUACAGAAUCCUUGAAAGAAGAAAUAGAGAAGAUCAGUAACAAACGGUCAUCAUAUCCAGCACAGGAAGAUGCCAGAGGAACUCAGGAGAUUGAAUACUUGAAGGAACGUCUUUCACAGUUAGAAAAAAAAUUAAAUUUUGAACAACAGAGGUCAGAUUUAUGGGAACGGCUUUAUAUUGAGGCCAAGGAGGAAAAAGAACAGCUUGAAUUGGGAACCUUACAUGAAUCUCAAGAAAUUCCACACACCAAAGGAGGUAAAGGAAAAAAAGCCAAAAAUACAAUUUUUAAUUCUGUCAAAGACACAUUUGAUGCUAUGAAAAAUUCAACUAAGGAAUUUGUGAGACAUCACAAGGAAAAAAUAAAGCAGGCCAAAGAAGCUGUGAAUGAAAAUCUAAAGAAGUUCUCUGAUUCUGUAAAGACUACUUUCAGGCAUUUUAAAGAUUCCACUAAAAAUAUGUUUGAUAAAGAUCAUAAACAAAGAGAAGAAAGACAAGAAGAGGUUAAAAAAGCAAACACUGUACGUCGUGAAUACAAGACGGAUGCUCAUGCACAGUAUCCUAACAAAGAAACAGGAAGUCAGGAUGAAUACAGAGACUCUCAAAAUGAAAAACACUUUGAAAAUCAACACACAUGGAAAAAGGGCUGUUCCAGCGUGUUUGAGUGUGCACACCAAGAAUCGAUCAGUCUCUUCAAUAAGGUACUAGAUCCCAUUCGGGUUGAAGAAUUUAAUGACUUGAUACAAACCUACUUACAAGAGCAAGUGGACAAUUUCAGACACUGGAAAGAACUAGAGAAAUUUAUUAAUGGCUUUUUUCAGAAUGGUGUUUUCAUUCAUGAUCAGAUGCUUUUUACUGACUUUGUAAAUGAUGUUGAAGACUAUCUUGAAGAUAUGGGAGAGUAUCAUAAAAACAACGCUGGUGUAUUUGAAGAUCUUGACAAGUUUGUUUAUAGACAUUUCUUUGGAAGUGCUUAUUCUACUCCUUACGGACCAAGGAAAUCUGAAAAUAUUCCUCCAUAUAAAGAUCCAGAAGAUUACAGACACAGAAAGCAUGAAAAGAAACCUCACCAACAUCGCUAUAAAAGGGAAGGUAGAUGGCAUAAACAUGGGCGUGCCAAUGGAAGACAUAUGGCUAAUGUUGAAAUAGAUUUGGGGCAGAUGCCUUUUGAUCCUAAAUAUUGAAAAGUUAUGUAUUACUUUGUUACAUAAGGGUGUGAGUUAGACAGUUACAUUUGUCAAUUAAUGUUAUCUGUUAUUGGGAAUAUCCUGAUAAACAUGAGAUACCGUAACCAAAGUUUAGUGUUAAACGUGCACUUUAGAUUGUAAAACUUUUGCUUAACAUUAAGACAAUGGACAGAUUGAUUUUGGAUGCUGGGCACAGCAGCAUUAUUUAGUUCCACCAUUCAGAAAUCAUUUCUGCAAUGUAUGUGCAAUUUCAUAAAUUGUCAGCCUUAAAAUGCUGCUUUCUCUUUUAAAACAAUGGGGGACCAUGUGUUGUUGUUGAUUGAUAAUGCUCUUAUUUGCUAUUUUUGUGGUAUAAAAAGCCUUCUGCAUCUAUGAAGAAAAUGUGCUGCAUACUAAUUGGCUUUAUAAUUUGUAUGUGAAAGUUCUUGCUGUCCUUUGUGUUUCUAGAAGAAUAAAAUAAAAAAUAAAAACUGAGUAAAAAAAUA